UCGCAUCACAUCAUAUCUGCAACUGGUCAGUUGAAUUUGCUCUGAUGAAGAUUUGUCUGUCGAAAGCGCACGAUUUUGAGAGCACGCACAAAUAGCAAGUCACAGGCCAGUUCGUUGCUCAUCAGACUUUGCCGGAAAUCGCAUGAGGUCUGUCUGCACUCUUUUUUCUUAUAUAAUUUUUUACUUUUUUUUUACUUGCCCUUUCAGUUAUCCGAUUCCCCCCAAAAGUAUGCAUGAUCUUCCAGACGAAAUCCUUUUACGUACAUUCAAAUUGCUAGCCACCAAUUACUGGCAACUGCUUCAGUUAGGAAGCGUAUGCAGAAAGUUUAAAAGAAUUAGCGACGAUGCCAGGUUGUGGUACAACGUAUUCCAGUCCAAUUUCCCCGUCUGGGGUCGACAUGUCCAAUUUGCAGCCAACCCACAUUCACUGAUUGACUGGAAACGUUUUGUUCUGCAUGUGGAAGCGCAAAGAAAACGAGCUCGUUCGAUUAAUUUCAGCUUUGUACCCGACGAACGAAGUAUUGAGAAUAUGAAAAGAUUAGAUACCGGACGGAAACGCAAAUUAAGAGAGAGAUCCCCUCCUUCGCUUUCGAGGAAUAUCUGCCGACAGAGAACCUCUUCCACCACGGCUUUGGACAGCGAAUGGCCGUUUCCCUCCAACGGGUUAUCAUCUUUAACGUCAGCAUCGAGUAUCACGAUUCCAAACGAGAAUGGCGAUCCUUUUUCCCCUCCCUCUACUCUCGACCGAUGGAUGCAGUCCGAAAGAGUCUGGCUCCCCACUGUGCGUCCCGAACCUGUGUUUGAUCGAACGUCCAUAUUGAUGAACUCCUCUGAACUCCCUUUCCGAAUCCAGGAUCCGUUAGUCGUCGAUAUUGACCGAAAAACCAAUGUGGGGAUUGUAGCGACCGGGAAACAUCGCAAGGAAACAACGCACUAUAUGCACACGCAUUUUCGGUCGGAGCACAAAAUCCUGUUUUGGGAAUAUCCUUCCUGGCGACUGGUGCGUGAAUUCGAUUUGAGCUUAGCACCGCCUGAAAUGACCUGUCAGAUUGUUGGCAUUCAGUCAAUUCGCGUGCUAUGCGGUGAUGGACAGACGACUCAGAAAAUUCGCCUCUUUGCAUUAGCCAUCGGUCAGCCUCUGGGCCAUGUACACUUGGACGUCGAAGGAGCCGAAGAUCGAGUCGAUCACUGGCAGGCCGUGCUUAUUUAUCGACUCUUUGAUGACGGGACCACCCAGUGUCUCGCUCAUCUGCGCGUGGAAGGCCAUUUCAUCGGCCGAGAAGUCUUUUUCUUUUCCGAUAUCUCGUGGGGUCAGUCCAAUGACGGGCAAUGGGAUCCCGACGACAACGUGGACGCGGUGCGGGAUUGGAUGGAAAUUUUGACGCCUUCUUAUGCCAACUACGAUCGACGACAUACCAUCUUUAUGCUUGCCAUUGGAUCCACCACACCAAGAUUUUCCGGCUGUGCCCAACUGGCCCAAUUUGAUAUCCGCGGCGAUCCCCACGUUCUCGACCCCUCCAUGGCUCCUUUAACGUGGAAUCGAGCCACGCAUCGGUUCAUGACCCACAAAGACAAUCUCGAUCAGCAUCUCCGAGAACCUUUAUCGUUGUUCAACAAGGUGAUUGCGGUGAUUCCCUUGGGUGAUAAAGUGAGCUGCAUGGUCCAUUUCCGAUACCCACCCCAUUUGAAUCAUUUGAUCUGCACCGGCAGCUUUCAAGAUGAGGAACUAUCCGUGUUUGACUGGCGUUUUGGUGUCAAAGUGGGGACAUUACCCUGGACGGCUCCGCCCGAAUUACGAUCCCUGAACAACAUUCAGGGUCCCAUGGUAGUGGGAUCAUCCGAUGCAAACGAAAAUCCGACCUUGACGCCUGCUGCUCCGACAGCUGCAUCUGCACCCGCACCUGCACGAGAGGCAGUACCCGCUGUCACCGACAAUCCAACGCAAGCUUCAGAUGAGGAACAGGCUCCGGUUGACCUGGAAAUGGAGAUGGAUGAUGCCGAGUUUGGCAUAGACGACGAGGAUGAUGACUUUGAGCCUAUCAGGGAUGUCCGUCCCUGGGGUUUCGAGACGACCAUGGUGUUACCGCCGACGUGGUCCAACAGCAAACUUGGGCCGAAAGAGCUUGCCAAGCACGGAUUUCGAUUGAUUGCCGUGGGUGAUAAUCGAAGAAACAAGCUGGAAAUCAAAGUGUGGGAUAUCUCGUAUUUGUUGGAGAUGGAGUGGGAUCCGUUGAAAAGGGAGGACAACGAAGAUUCGGUGGAUGAAGAAGAAACGGAUUAUACAAGUCAGUUUGGUUGGUGGAAGCGAGGUACCAAGCGCCUGAAACGCGUCGCACUGCGAAUGAUUGAAGAGCACAUGGAAGAACUCAGCCUUGUCGGGUGGGUCCCGGUGUCUCACUUGCGAAGACGAAAUAGUCGAGCCGUGGAAACUGAAACCGAGUUACCGCUAUCUCCUCCCAAGGGAACUCGGCCCAUGAUCUUUGCCCAUUCUUUCAACAGUAGUCUCGCCAGCGAUCCUUUAAUGAUGCCCGUGAAAUAUGCUGCUUACAACGUGCUGUAUACAUCGCUGUUCCUAUUGACGGACGAAGGUGAAGUAACAGUGCUUGACAUUGAGACCGGCAAAGUGAUAGGCACCGUGGAUAAUGUGGCGGCAUCACCGGAUCCCAUCGGACCACAACAGCAAGUUCGCGGUAUCGAUGUCAACGUCAUUGCCGGCCGUGAAAUUGUGGUGACAAGCAGAGAAGGCUUAUUACGCAGUGUCAUGACCUAGAAUCCGAACAAUUACACCCACUACCAAGAAUCUCCAUCUGGAAGCAUCAUAGAUCAACCAUUCCCCUCAUCUUCCUCUUUCCUGCAAAAGGAGAUAGACUACUCUCCUUCUUUUGCGACACCUUUUACCACAUAUUUCAUACUUCUCCGAUUUUUUUUUCACAUGCAUUAAUCUGUCGCAACAGCAAUGUAGAUCAUUGUAUGAAUGCAUUUAUCGAUACCCUUUUUUCUGAUUUUCUUCAGAGAAAGAUUAUCACCUUUUCAAAAAUCCAUUGAUGAUUUUUCCAUGAAUUUCAAACGCAGUAAAAACGAGUUUCAUCUUACUCUUAC